ACCAGAAGUUAAUCCACUGAAGCACUCAGCUCAGGAGGUUGGGAAGCAGUCGAAAAGCAAGUGGACAGAUCACUUCUGUUACCAAAAUCGUUAGGUGCUGAGUUGUUUGUUGUUGUUUUUCUAAUGGAGGCUACCUCAUGCUGAUCUGAAAGACUCAAUGAAUAUUUUUGGAAAGGAUGAUGUGGUGGGUUUGGAGCAGCACUGGAGAGAAAUGAUUCAGACAGAGGCCUGGCAGACAGUUGUGGGCAUAGGGAAAGCUUUGGGUUGAAAGAAACGGACAGUCAUCAGUGUCUGAAAGGGGAAGAGCAAGGAGCUGGCCUGGUGUCGGUGCUCUGCUUGAGGGCUUCAGACACAAAGUGUUUUCACGGUUACAGGAACCCCAGAGUGACCUCGGGCUCAGCAGGGCCCUUUCUCCUACUACCCACCCAAGCUUGAUCAACGUCUCCAAAGCUGCAACAAACAAGGAGGUGUGGGCUGUCACGUGGCCUUGAGUAACCACACUUUUGCUUCCUUCUUUUACACACGGCCGUUGGGGGUUGGAGCGGUCUGAGACCACGGCAGAGGUGCCACAGCCGUGCUUGGCAGCACAGGCUAGGUCCUUGUCGCUAAAGCAGAGAAGCCGCUUCUCCUGGGCCCACGAGGCAGCCAUCUCAUGCUCUGCUGAGCAAGGUGCCAUGUUUCUGAAACCUCUGCUGCUCCUGGCCCUGCUGGGCCCUGGCAGCAGCCUCCAGCUGUGGGGGACCUGGGAGAAUGGAGCCAAGGAGGCCCCAGGCCCCCUGCUUGUCCGUGGCCGGAGAGAAGUGGAUGAGGACGACUCCGACAUAUAUGACUAUGACAUACAGACGGACCCUCCAGAAAUGCUUAACUAUAGAACCGAGGCCCCCAAGCUUCUGCCUGUGAUGAGAACACUGGAGCAGAGAGAGUCUGCAGGGCCUUUAACACCUGAGCCAACCACUCUGGAGGUGGCCACAAGGGACCCUGCUGUCCUGGAUGCAGGAGGGGCAGCCACUGGGAAUCUGAGCGUGGAACUGGUCCAGCUUGUCACUCUGACCAAAGAACCAGUCACUGUCAUCCCUCCCACCAUGGAGGAUCCAUCCACAGAGUCAGCUGCAGUGGAGGCCCUGUCCACAGGGCCAGCAGGCAGAGUGGCACUGGCCACAGAACCUGCAGCCACAGAGGCUCUGUCCACAGAGACCCUGCCCACGGAGUCAGCAAGCACGACGGCACCAGCCACAGAACGCACAGCCAUGGAGGCCCUGUCCACAGGGGCCAUGUCCACAGAACCCACCGCCACUGCGGCCCUGUCCACAGAACCCACCGCCACUGCGGCCCUGUCCACAGAACUCACCGCCACUGAGGCCCUGUCCACAGAACCCACCGCCACUGAGGCCCUGUCCACAGAACCCACCGCCACUGCGGCCCUGUCCACAGAACCCACCGCCACUGAGGCCCUGUCCACAGAAUCCACUGCCACAGAGGCCCUGUUCAUGGAACCCACAGUCAUAGAAGCCCCGUCCACGGAACUGGCCACCACAGCAGUUCUUUCCAUGGAGCCCACUACCGCAGGGGCCCUGCCCACAGAUCCAGCCACUGUGAAGACCCUGCCCACAAGACCUGCUACCGCAAGGGGCCUAACCACAGCCUUUCCUGUGCCCUCUGAUCCUCCCAAGGGCACCAUUGUGGCAGUUGGCAAUUCAUCUGAUAACUUGAUCUACAAAUGGAAAAAUGGUCAGAGUCUUUUCCCCCGGAGCUCCAUGGCCCCAAGCCCCGCAGAGGGCCUGCUUGACCCCAGGUCGGUGAAGCAGUGUCUGCUGGCCAUCCUCAUCCUCGCCCUGGUGGCCACCAUCUUCCUCGUGUGCACCGUGGUGCUGGCCAUCCGCCUGUCCCGCAAGAACCACCUGUACCCCGUGCGCAAUUACUCCGCCACCGAGAUGGUCUGCAUCUCGUCCCUGCUGCCUGAGGGGGGCGAGGGGCCAGCUGCCAUGGCCAACGGGGGCCUGCCCAAGGCCAAGAGCCAGGGCCCGAAGGCGGGGUCUGGGGAGGACCGCGAGGGAGAUGACCUCACCCUGCACAGCUUCCUGCCUUAGCUCCCGGCCCGGCUGCCUGAGCAGGACCAGUCCCCCAAGCGGCCUCCACAGCCUACCGGGCCACCGCCCAUACCCAGGCUCUAUGCCAUGGGUCCGGGCUUCCUUGGAGACCCCUGGUGAUGGGAAUGUUUAGGGUCGGAACCCUGGCCACCCUACACGGGACUGAGAACAGCCAAGGUCCAGGCACCAAAGCAGGCCUGGCAAAUGGAACCUCCAGUGGAGGCUGGAGAGGCCGCCUCCACCUCCCUGCCUCCCAUGUGUUCUUUUUUUUUUUUUUUUUUCUUCUCCCAUGUGUUCUUGGCCCCCUCUAAUGCCUCCCACGGCUGCUGGAAUCUCAUCGCCAUGUGCCCAGGAGGACUCAGGGUUCCCUGCCCACACCCCCACUGCCACUUUCUUCUGGUGGCCAUGGUCACUGCACAGGAAGGGGGCAUUUUGGGGGGGCAGUAUGUCAUUCUUGAGUUCAUUUCCUGUCACUCCCCGUUUGGGGUAUCUCUCCCAAGAGCCCAGGGUGAGGGCUGGGCAUGUGAGGGCUGGGCAGGCUUGGAAAGCCCAAGGCUACAGGUUUCUUUGGGACUUUGUGGACCAAUGAGCUUCCAUCUGGUGACAGAGCGACCCCCGUCCCGUCCUCCCUCGCCUCCCCCUGUGGCCUUGUUUUAGGGUGGGCUCUGCCUUGUUCACCGAAGUCUCCCAGGGCCCAGCUCGGGGCCGGGAGAGCACAGACACUCAGUAAAUGUUUGCUAAACAAGCGAUGGCUGAACGAACGCUUCAAGGUACCAAGGUGCCUCCUUCAGGUGGGGAGUUGGUCCCUUGCUGUUCACGCCCAGCCCCAGGCCCCUCAGGAAGACCCCUGCACGGGCUGUUGUGGUUACUUCAGGGGGCAUCUUGCUGUACCCUUGGGCAGUUGGGAGGCGGGGUUCAGGCUGUUGGAGGACAGAGGAUGCUGGCCUCGGGAACCACUUUGUUCAGCACCUCCCGUGACUCAGUUCAAGCCUACAGAAGUUGGUUCCGCCCGCCAGAUCUCAGCCAGAUACCCCCCUAAACAUCAAUGCCAUCCUCCCCAGAAGCCCACCCUGACCCCUCUGUUCCACAUGGGGCCCAUCUCCCAUUAACACCCAGUGGCCCCUCCUCACAUGGGGAGCCUGGCUACACCCUACAAGACCUUCCUGCAACUGACCACCUGUCAUGUAGAGUUGGGGGCCAGUAAACUUUUUCUUAAAGGGCCAGACCAUAAAUAUCUCAGGUUUGACAGGCUGCGUGGUCUCUGUUGCAACUUCUCGACUCUGUCAUCAUGGCAUGAAUGCAGCAAUUGACUCUGUGUCAUAAAUGAAUGGGUUUGGCUGAAUUCUAUUGAAACUUUGUUUACAAACAGGCAGCAGGCUGGGGUAGGCUCUGUAAGUUAGCUUGUCCCCGACUUAAGUGUAGAGUGACCAGAUGUCCCGGUUUGUUUGAGACUGCCCUGAUUUUAGCACGGAAAGUCCUAUAUCAUGGGAUAUAAGACUUUCAGCUCCAGCAAUCAGGACAGUGGGUGGCCCUAUUUAAGCACUGAAACCCAUGUGGACCCUGAGGGUCAGAUCAGGAAGCCAAAGGCUUAAGAGAAGUGAAGAGCCUGGCUUACUUCCUGACAGUGGCUGAGCUGGGAUUCAAACUCUUGAUUUUUGCUUCCCAGCGCCUUUUAGUCAGUUUUGUACAGGGAGAAGGACAACACACACACACACGCGUGCGCGCGCGC